AUGGCCGACUCGGCAAACGUUGCAUCGCUCAACCCCUCAUCGGCGGAUCACGGUACAGAGAGCGUCAUUCAAGACCCGGAGAAAAUCAGUGCGAAAUCCGAAUCACGGGUUGAACUGGGGCGAGUAUCAGUGGAGGUAGCGAAGGACGAUGGUGUGACUAAGGUGGAGGCGUUUACCCUUGUCUUUGGCAAAGGAUGGAGACUGUGGCUUUUUUGGGCGUCCCUCUUUAUGAUGCAGUACGUGAUCUCCCUCGCAAGUGGGACGACCAGGACGUACAUACAGUACGCCACGUCUUCGUUCUCCCAGCAUACCAUCCUCGGCACCAUCUCGGUCGCAAGCUCUCUAGUGAGCGGCCUCUCGACGCCGUUUCUGGCUAAGCUUGCAGAUCUCGCCGGGCGUCCUGUGGCGCUCUCCAUAUCCGUAGUUCUCUUCACUCUGGGAUAUAUCAUCAUCGCGGCCUCCAAGACGGUCGACGCCGUCGCAGGAGGAGAGAUUAUCUACGCCCUCGGCAGCCAAGGGCUGAGGUUCCUCACCGGCAUUAUUGUCGCCGAUAUAACCUCGUUGCAAUGGCGCAGCGUCAUUUACGAGCUCCUCAUCGCAACUCCUAUACUCAUCAAUACGUUUGUCUCGACGUCCAUCACCACCGGGAUCGCUGCUGAUUCAGCAAACGGCUGGCGCUGGGGUUUCGGGAUGUUCGCGAUUUUGGUUCCUGUGACCCUCAGUCCCGCGUUGACGCUUCUCUUCUGGAGCGAGCGGAAGGCGAAGAAGCUGGGAGUGCUAUCGCUCACCUCAAAGCACAAAGCUGUCAACAACGGUGCACACCUGUCAAUAGCUCGGAAGGUCAUCGCGAGCUGGAACGCCAUGGAUGCCCUCGGAAUUCUCCUGAUCGGUUUCUCGUGCGCGAUGCUCCUCAUCCCCCUCACUCUGUCGACCACUGCGAAGAACGGCUUCCGUAAUCCGUCUCUCGUUGCAAUGUUUGUCGUCGCAGGCGUCCUUCUGAUUGCGACAGUGGUCUGGGAGUGGAAGUUCACAUCGCACCCGAUCAUGCCUCGCCGCAUCUGGAACCGCACGAUGAUCUGCUGCGCGUUUAUGGAAGCCGUCUAUUUCCUUUCCAGCCAUUUGUUUUCGACGUACCUCAACUCGUGGGUCUAUGUGCUCUCAAAGUACACAUACUGGACAUACAUCCAGACCGUCACUGGCGCCUUCGUCUGCAUCCUAGCAGGCUUCCUCAUGCGCUACACCCACCGCUACAAGUACCUUCAAGUAUUCGGUCUCUGCGUCCGCAUCAUCGGUCAAGGCAUCCAGCUCUACGCGCUCUCAAACCCGUCCACCAUCGUGCUCGUCCUCAGCAUCGUCAUCAUCACCGUCGGCGCCUCCUUCCAGAUCGUCGGCUCCCGCGUCGCAGUGCAGGCCUCGGUCCCGCACCAGGACAUGGCGCUCGCCACCGCCCUCCUUGGGCUCGGCGCGAGCGUCGGCGGCGCCGUCGGCUCCGCGGUCGCCGCCGCGGUGUGGAACGCCGAGGUCCCGCGCCGCCUCGCGCGGCUCCUCGGGGACGUGUACGGCCCGGAGGAGCGUGCGCGGAUCUUCGGGAGCAUCGUCGUCGCGCGCAGGGUGCCGGAGCACGCGCAGAUCGUCGAAGCGUACAAUGGGGCGAUGCGGCCGCUGUUCGUCGCGGCGCUCGUGACGGCGGUCCCGCCGCUCGUUGCGGGAUUGCUGACGGAGGACUUCUACCUUGGGACGCGGCACAACGCGAUCGAGGACAAGGAGGUCACGAUGGGCGUGCGAGAGGAAGAUAUUCGGGCGCGAGAGAAGGAGAUGGUGGAGAAGAAAUGA